GGAGGGGGAGGAGCUUCAGGAGGCGGCCGCGCGGCCUGCUCCGACCUGCGGGACCCGUGGCCGCAUGGCUUCGGUGUCCGCUGCGGCCCUAUCGGGCCGCGGGGCCCGGAACCUGCUGCAGUUCCUGCGGCUGGUGGGGCAGCUCAAGAGAGUCCCCCGGACUGGCUGGGUAUACAGAAAUGUGGAGAGGCCAGAGAGUGUAUCAGAUCACAUGUACAGGAUGGCAGUUAUGGCUCUGGUCACCAGAGACGACCAUCUCAACAAGGACCGAUGUGUACGCCUAGCCCUGGUUCAUGAUAUGGCAGAAUGCAUCGUUGGGGACAUAGCACCAGCAGAUAACAUCCCCAAAGAAGAAAAACAUAGGCGAGAAGAGGAAGCUAUGAAGCAGCUAACCCAGCUCCUCCCAGAGGAUCUCAGAAAGGAACUUUAUGAACUUUGGGAAGAGUAUGAGACCCAGUCAAGUGCAGAAGCCAGGUUUGUGAAGCAGCUGGACCGAUGUGAGAUGAUUCUUCAGGCCUCCGAGUAUGAGAACCUGGAGAGCAAACCUGGGAGGCUGCAGGACUUCUAUGAUUCCACG